GUCAAAAAUAUUUUUCAAUACAUUUUCUAGGGUUUUUUGUUCUUUUCAAUGUUAUGGUCUUCCUAUCGAUCUCAAUUUCCCGGCUUAGGAUUUUUCUACUUCUAGUCCUUAUUUUUUGGCAUAUUGGCCUUUAUUUUUUUAUUUUUGUUCUUCCAAGAUAUGAAGGGAGUGAAGAGAGACAACUAGAGCUUGAAAAGUUCUCUAAAGAUUUACAAGAAGAACUUUCCACUUUUUCUCCUUUUUCUUUACCAUUAAAAUCAUUAGAAAAUGCAAUAAUCUAUACUCCCAAUAAUUUAAUUGUUUGGUCUGAUUUUGAUUAUAAAAGUUAUUUAUCUGGUGGAAAACUUGAAACUGGUGCUGAUCCAUAUGCUUCAAAUAAAUUUAAUCAAGCAAUAUCUGAUAGUAUUGAACCAAAUAGAGAAAUAUCUGACACUAGAGAUGAAAGUUGUAAACAAAAACAAUUUAUUUAUAAUUCUUUAAAACUCCAAAAAACUUCAAUUAUUAUUACUUUCCAUAACGAAGCACGUUCUACACUUUUACGAACUAUUUGGAGUAUUUUUGAACGUUCCCCUCCAAAACUUUUGAGUGAAAUAAUUUUGGUUGAUGAUUUUUCUUUAGAUGAAAAUAUUGGAAAAGAACUUGUAAAUAUUCAAAAAGUUAGAGUAAUUCGUAAUCUCAAACGAGAAGGACUUAUUCGUUCUCGUGUAAAAGGGGCACAAUUAGCUAAUGCUCCAAUUUUAACAUUUCUUGAUAGCCAUUGUGAAUGUAAUGUUGGAUGGCUGCAGCCCUUGUUGCAUAGAAUUGGAGAGGAUAAUAAAGCAGUUGUUGCUCCAGUGAUUGAUGUAAUUUCAAUGGAUAAUUUCAAUUAUAUAGCAGCUAGUUCUAAUCUAAAGGGAGGCUUUGGCUGGAAUCUUGUAUUCAAAUGGGAUAGACUUGGUAUUAAAGCUGCUUGGCAACGAAGAAAAGAUCCGACAAGUCCGAUUAAAUCUCCAGUUAUGGCGGGUGGAUUAUUUUCAAUUUCAAAAAAUUGGUUUGAAACGUUGGGGACUUAUGAUAUGGAAAUGGAUGUUUGGGGUGGUGAAAAUUUGGAAUUAUCAUUUCGUGUUUGGCAAUGUGGGGGAACACUUGAAAUAAUUCCUUGUAGCCGUGUUGGGCAUGUUUUUCGCAAACAACAUCCUUACACAUUUCCAGGUGGAAGUGGGAAGGUUUUUCAAAGAAAUACCCGAAGAGCUGCUGAAGUUUGGUUGGAUGAAUUUAAAGAAUUAUAUCUUCAAACUGUUCCGAGUGCUCGACAUGUUGAUUUUGGAAAUAUUUCUGAUCGGCUAGCAAUUCGUGAAAAAUUACAUUGUAAAAAUUUUAAAUGGUAUUUGGACAAUGUUUAUCCAGAAUUACAACCUUUGGAUCUCUUUAAUGGACGGAGUGUACAAAUUUCAAAUGGACUUUUUUGUUUGGAUUCAUUGGGGAGAUCAAAAGUUGGACAAUCUGUCGGUCUUUUUAGAUGUCAUCUUGAUGGUGGAAAUCAAGAAUGGUUGUAUGAUGAAAAGUCUUUUCGUUUAAAGCAUUCAUUAUCUGGGCUUUGUGUUGUUUAUGAUCAAAGUAGUCUACUUAUAUUUAAUCAUUGUUCUGAUGAGCAAUUUAACAAUAAAAUAAUCAUUUCAUCCUUGUCGCCUUCCUUGUCAAUAUCAAAUAAUUCUACAUUAUUUCCCAUUCAAAUUAAUGGUAACAGAUGUUUUACUUUAAUCGAUCAACAGUCAGAAAAUAACUACCAAACUCCAAAUAUAAUCCUUCGUGCUCUCCGUUGCAGAAAUGGUGAUGAACGUCAACUUUGGCGUAUUACUUAUUUUAAGAAUUAAUUUAUAAAUUAAAAGAGUUUAGAGAUUAUUUUUAAAUUUAAUUUAAUAUUGAUUAGUAAGAGGACUUGAAAAAAGUAUAUGAGAAUUUUUAACAUUUCCCCCAUCUUUUUCUCUAAACUCGUUUAAAAAGAAAAGUCAUAGACCAGUAUUUCAACAACAAUUCAGUAUUAUAAAUUACUUUUGCAUUAUAUUUGUUGCCCUGUGAAAAAAAAUACAAAUCUUUCGCGGCCAUUUUUUCUUUUUUUUUUAAUUCAAUUUUUGUGAUUUUUGUGCUAAUGUUAACUU